UGAAUCCUCUGAUACGACCGAGCGGCGAGCUCCGUAUUCAAUCUGAUUACUAGUUCGAUGGCUGAACAGCAGGAAGCCUCAUCACCACAAUCUGCUUCUACUCAAAAAAGCCCCCACGAUUUUCUUAACGAAUCCCAGGGUCUCCUGAACUGGAAGUGUUUGCUACUGACCAGUUUAUCCACACUAUGGGGAGCAACUAUAAGUUUGGAUAUUGACACAGAGAGAACGCACGGAAGAGUUUAAGCGGGAGUAACUUCAUGUGAAAUUCUGAAGCAGAAAUUGUGGGGCUCUUUUUGGCCUUUGCUCUGGUGGAAUGGCCAAUGUCAAAGAGGAUUUAAUGUUAAUGUUCCUACACUUUCUGGUUUCCCAGCAUUUCCGCAUGGUGAUUUUCAAAUGCUUCCAAUUAUGUACCCUGGACUGGUUCCUGGGUUAAAUCCUCUGCAGAAUCAGGAGCAGAUGAACCAUGGGGCUGGAAUCUAUGCAGUACCUGUUCUGCCAUAUAUGGCACCCACAACUGGACUUUACUCAAAUACGCUUAUUCCGCUUACAUACAACAUACCUACCAGAUCUAGUCCUGAAGCUGGGUCAGGUGAGUCUGGCCAAGGACAACAGCAACAACAGCAACAAGCUGCACCUCAGAGACAGGUUGUCGUAAGGAGAUUUCAAAUUGCAUUCCAGCUCGAUUUGUUACUUAUACUCAAGCUGGCAGCUGUGAUCUUUUUAUUUAACCAAGAUGGAUCGAGACAAAGGCUUUUUGUCCUUGUGCUUUUUGCUUCACUUGUGUAUUUAUACCAAACUGGAGCUCUGACACCAUUAAUACGAUGGCUUUCACAAGGCAUGCAAAGGGCAGCUGCUCCUCCCCCUCAUCCUAGGCCUGCUGUUAGGGCUGAGAAUGCUCCUGCUGCUGGAGGGCAGGUGAAUGAAAAUGCUCCUUUGGCAGAGGGGCAAGCUGGCGCCGAGAACGAUAAUCGACCUAUUGGGGAUGGUAAUCAGGCAGUUGAGAAUGGGAAUGAGAAUGUGGCAGAACCCGGUGUUGUCAACGGAGGCCACCGCUGGUGGGGAAUUGUGAAAGAGAUCCAGAUGAUUGUCUUCGGUUUCAUCACUUCCCUUCUCCCUGGCUUUCAUAACAUAGAUUAGCUCAUACAAGCUGACCAGAAGAUGGAAGUUUCAUUUGACCAGAAGGUGGUAGUUUCUUUUAUAUAUAUACAGUGUUACAAACUUACCAUAAUGUAAAAAUGUCUCUUUCCAAAAAUAUAACUGUGUAUUGCCUUUAUGUGGCAAUCGCAGCAUCAUUUAUAAAGUUAGGCUGGUCAUGGUUAUGGGAAAUAUUUAUCCUUGUGAUAUGCAA